AUGGCAGCCCAAACUGCUCAGAUCCUAGUUGAAGAUGAUGAUGGUCUAGAUUCGGCAUACGGUGGAGAUGACAUUGCUUCAGAGACUGCGACGCUUCAAUCGGCUGUCAGAGAGUAUACGUACAACAAUGGUCGAAGAUACAACUCCUACCAAGCGGGGAAAUAUUGUGCUAUUGACACGUUGAAUGAAAGGGGUCCGAACGACGAGACACAUCAGGACUCUCUUGAUAUAUCACACCACAUCUUUCGACUCACGUUUGACGGGAAACUCUUCCUCGCUCCCAUCGGACCUACGCCGCAACGUGUGCUGGAUAUCGGCACAGGGACUGGCAUAUGGCCUAUCCAGUUCGCGGAUGAGCAUCCCUCGGCGACUGUGACCGGAAACGACCUAUCGCCCAUUCAACCGACAGUCAUUCCUCCAAAUCUUCAAUUCGAAGUUGACGAUUUCGAGCUAGAAUGGACAUACACGAAAGAGAGCUUCGAUUUCAUUCAUGCACGCGCCUUGUAUGGCAGCGUAUCUGACUAUAGUAAAUUAUACCAGCAAGUGAAGGACCAUCUUAAGCCAGGAGGUUGGUUUGAGCAGACUGAGGUAGGUGUUGUCCCUUACAGUGAUGACGAUACUAUAAAAGGAACAACCUUGGAGCAUUGGGGUGAACUCAGCCUUACUGCUGGCGACAAAUUUGGGAAGACUUUGCGAAUUGUGGACCAAACUAAAGAACUCAUGGAAGCUGCCGGCUUCAUAAAUGUGACUUACCAGAAGUUCAAGUGGCCAAUUGGCCCGUGGCCGAAGGAUCGAAAGCUGAAGGAAAUCGGCUUGUACAACCGCGUCAACUGGGAGCAGGGGAUGGAAGGCUGGCUAAUGUUUUUGUUCACAACCUAUCAUGGAUGGACGGCUGAUGAAGUUCGGGUACAUAUCGCAAAGACCCGAAAGCUUUUACGAUCCAAAGAUGUUCAUACAUACCAGCUGAUUUCAUGCUGUUAUGGCCAGAAGCCACCAGAAUCGAAAUAA